AUGAAGCUCGCCGUCGACCAGAUACGAUAUAGAUGUCCACUUGCUGUGGGGGCUCAACUCCAACUUCAUUACUGGGCUCAACUACUCAGUCUGUUGAAUGAUCAAGCGGUUCAGAUCGAUGAUUCUCCAGUGUACAGAAUAGGAAGAGAACUGGGAAAGGGUAGUUUCGGGCAUGUUUAUGUCGGUCGAGCCAUCAGUCCUUCAACUUCAAGUGAUCAAACGGGUGUGGAAGCCGCAGAGGUGGCCAUAAAAUUCGAGCAUAAAGACAACAUAGGAUGUGAAUGCGGCAUCCCUCAUGAGUGGAAAGUUUAUGAUGAUCUGGGUGAAAGUCAUGGCAUACCACUGCCACGAGUACAUUACAAGGGACAACAAGGUGACUAUCAUGUCAUGAUCAUGGAUUUGCUUGGACCUAGUAUACAAGCCCUUUUGGUCAACAACUUGCCAACCCCACCAAUGGAAGCAAUUGCAUGUAUUUCCGUUGAAGCAAUCUCUAUACUUGAGAAGCUACACUCUAGAGGGUACAUCCAUGGUGACAUAAAACCAAGUAACUUUUUGCUUGGUCCUCCAGGAACUCCUGAAGAGAAAAAAUUGUUUCUGACUGACCUUGGAUUAGCUACGAGAUGGCAAGAUCCCUCCACUGGUUCGCACGUUAAGUACAACCAAACUCCAGAUGAUUUCAGUGGAACAAUUCGAUUUGCAAGUGUGCACGCUCAACUUGGUAGAACAAGUAGCAGAAGAAACGACCUAGAGUCUCUGGUUUACACGCUCGUUUAUCUUAUCCGCGGUCGUUUGCCUUGGCAAGGACAUCAGGGAGUGGAUAAGGCUCUUGUUUGCAAUCAAAAGAUGGCCACUCCUCCGGACACCCUGUGUGACACUUGUCCUGAGCCUUACCUGCAGUUCACCGCGUUUGUGCUUAAUCUGACAUUCGAUGAAGAACCAAACUAUGCUAGAUACAUUUCUCUCUUCCGUGGGAUCAUUGGUCAAAAUCCAUACAUUUGGCCCGUGCACACUCAUGUUGCUCAGGAGGUAGUGCAUCGGGUACCAUGUAAGCGAGCGCAGUUAAAUGAUGUCGGCGAGCCAUCAAAGGAAAUUCGAAUGGGGUUGAAACUAACACAAUGGAUAAGUGUUUACCAGGUGCAUCCACCCAUGAAGCAAAGAUAUUUCCCUAAUUUGGAAGAUGAGGACGUGCCCUUACACAUUGAGAAGGGAAGUGAGGAGGGAAUGUUUGUCACCAGUGUGGCUUACAGUUCUCGCUCUAAGUCAUGGACCGUAAUAAUGGAUGAUAGCACCGGCUUCAUUGCUCAGUUUUGUGCUUUUUCACACGACUCCCUUACCAAGGAUUGGAUUAGGGAAUUUUGGGCGAAGAACUACUACAUCACUGCAGUGGCUGGAGCAGAUGGCGGCAGAUUUUUAGUUAUAAUGUCUAAGGCAGAUGUAGGGAUGAAGAGUAUUCGGCAGUCUUAUCGUGUUACCAGUAAAUUUCCUUUCAAGUUGAUCAAGAAGAUGUGGGCAGAAGGUUUUCAUGUCACCGCCAUGGCCACUGCCGGGAGUCAGUGGGUAGUAGUUUUGUCCAGUGGAACCAGAUUUACCAACCAGGCCGUAGAGCUAGAUUUCCAGUUUCCAGCCGAAGGAAUUCAUGAAAGGUGGAAACAGGGCUAUUAUAUCACUUCGGUCGCGGCCACUUCGGAUGAGGUUGCUUUUAUCUUUAGUAAUAUAGGAGGAGUGCCAGCAACUGAAAGUGUAGAGCAAGAGACACUUCAGACCAUAAAUUUCCCGGAUGAUAACAUGAUCGAGGUGAUUAGUUUGGCCCUUUUACCAGCAUCUAUUUGGUUCAGUAGCUCUGCUUCACCAAGAACUUGUUCUCAUCUUCUGCAGGAGAAGCGGGCAAGGAAUUACUAUAUUGCUUGUCUUUGCUACGGUCGAACCGUUGCUUAA